AUGCAUGAUCGCCUGUGCGAGCACGACACAGUGUAACCUUUCGAAUAUUUUUGUUUUUUUCUGGCCUCUCCUCUGUGUUGUUGUGUGUUGCAUGCAGAUGCAUGUGCCUGUGUUCUGCUUGUAAAGUCGCCAGAAAGUCAACAUUUAGCCCAUGGCACAAUGGACCUUUUUCACAACGCUUCUGCACAUGCUCUGUGACCCUGAUGACGAUGAAGGAAGUUCUCUACAUAUUCAAUAGAUGGCACCGGCCGUGUUUUGGCGCAUCCCAAGUGUGUUUCACUGGGCUGCCACUAGGAUAUGACACGAGUGUGAAAAAGGGCCAGCCCGAAGCAAAGCCAAAGAAGAAGCGCAACCGUCACCGGAACCGUCACAGAAGACCUGCCGAGGCCGCGCCCGAGCCGGAACCCACCCCGAAUGUCACGAUAAUAACUAAGCAACCGAACUACAGCAUCUUCAACGCAAACGGGAUUCCCACGGAGUUCAACGGCGUCAGCAUAUUCCCUGUUCCCUGCGCCAGCAGUUCCACGCAACAGGAACCCCACGCGGAGGGAGAUUCGUCGAAUAAAAAAUUAACCAGGAAGCGAAAGAGGAAAAAGAAGAACCCGAACGAACCAGAGCUUCCAGCGCAAAACAACCCUGUCAAAAGCAAGUGCUGCAACGUUAGAGAACAAAACUCGAGGUCGUGCUUCGAGUUGAUCUGUCCGCAUUCGAGUCAAGAGCCGCAGUCAGGACCGAGUUCGAAACGUACUCCGCCGUCGGAACAGAAUCUUUCGCACCUCCAGAACCUGUCGGAGAGCAUAGUUAAAAAACUAGCUUCGUUGGACAGCACGUCGAUCAGCAUCACGGUCGUCAACGCCGACGAUUCCAGGCCAGGCGUAAAGGUUGAGGAAGACAUGCCGCGAAAGUCGGAAGGCGCGGUUUUGGAAGGCAUUAAGAAGGGCCAGCCCAAGGUGGAAGCGAAGAAUGCCCAGCAGAAAAAGUCGCAGAAUGAGGAAAGAGGAGACGCAAAAAAUGCGACCCAGAACGAUAAAGUGGAAGACGCGUCGUCUAAAGACGUAGACGUCGGUGCUGAGAAGACGAAGGCGCAGUUGAAAGCCGAGCGAAAGGCAGCUUUUGAGGCCCAGAGAGCAGCACAACUUGCAGCACAAGGAGGCGCUGGCAAAGAAGCGGAUGCGAAGCCAGAGAAAAGCAAGGCUGAGCUCCGCGCGGAGCGCAGGGCACUUCAAGAGGCGCAGAGGUUAGCCAAAGCUCAGCCCACCAGCACCACACAGGCGGCAAGCACUGCCAAAGACGGGGACGCAAAGAGCGCUACGACGGAAAGCAAAUUGGCGAAGCAGGGGACAAAUUCAGCAGAGGUGUCAGCCCUGGAGGCUAAAAAACAACCCGUUUCGAAGGCACAGACAGAUGUUGCCAAAAAAGUGGUAAAAAGGCAAACGAAUGACACUGCUCAGGGCGACCUGCGCAUCCUCUCCCACCUGCACCAGAAUCCCGACGUUCUCGACCACCUGCGGGUUUACGGGCUUCCCAACUCCGGAAUCCAUCCGGACGUUCUGAAAGCGGGAUAUCGGAUCGCAGAGGGCGUGCUGUCUGGCUCCAACUCGCGCUGUGUUGCAAUGUUGCUUGCCUUCAGAUCGGUCAUAGCCGACUACUGCAGCCAAUCGAAUAAGAGAAUCUCGCAGGACUUGCGGGAGCAGCUGGAUUCAGACAUCGAAUUCCUAAAAAAAUGCAGGCCAUUGUGCGUGAGCAUGCAGAACGCCAUCACAUUCUUGAAAGGUCACAUAUCCGAGAUCCAGGAUUCUGAAUCGACCCACGAGGUGAAAGAGAACCUGACCAAUUGCAUCGAUAAGUUCCUCCAUGAGGAGAUCUACCUUGCUAGGAAGCAGAUCUCUGAGUCUGCACUGACCAAGAUUUUGGACGACGACGUCAUACUCACGUAUUCUUGCUCGUCACUAGUUCAAAGUGUUCUCAAAAGUUCUCACGAAAAGGGAAAGAGGUUCAGGGUGAUCGUCGUCGACAGCCGACCCCGGCUUGAAGGUCUGGAGAUGCUGAAGUACCUGCGCAGUCUGGGAAUUAAUUGUACCUAUACUCUCAUCAAUGCAAUUUCCUACAUUAUGAAAGAGGUGACCAAAGUGAUGCUGGGCGCCCAUUCUCUUCUCGCCAACGGCUACGUGACGUCUCGUAUUGGCAGCUCUCAGAUUGCCCUGGUGGCCAGGGCCAGAAAUGUUCCAGUGCUCGUCUGCUGUGAAACGUACAAAUUCUCGGAACGGGUUCACACGGACUCCUUCGUGUCCAACGAGCUCGGUCCGGAGAGUCAUCUGCUGAGGAACCUGCCGCCGUCCGUGAGAGCCGAGGGCCUGAAGGAGCUCCCCUCGCUUACCAUCCUGAACCUCACCUAUGACAUCACGCCGCCCGAAUUUGUAGACAUGGUAAUCACGGAGAAGGGAAUGCUACCCUGCACGUCGGUACCCGUCGUCCUGAGGAUGCGGAACGCUGCGGUUUCAUAGUCGCUCCUCGCCGGCGUGGCUGGACAUUACAUAAUUCUGCUCUCGUUAAAUACUUCUUUGGCCUCGUGUAACAUACGUUAAGGUUGAUUUAUGGUGUGGAAGAGACUUAACAUUGUGUCAUUGUGGAAGGGAUUGAUAGAUUUGUGAGUGGGUUUCACGUCUUUCGAUCUUAUCUCUUUUAAUGCAGCGCUAUUGAACUGCAUAGUGAUGACUUGUUCUGCAUUUUAGGCAGAGAUGUGAAAUGAAGGAAUGAAAAUUGGUUUCCAAUCACUUA